AAGUCAAAUGAAGCUUAGGUGUAUAUGUUUGACUUUUUUAGGCAUUUUUUUUUGUUUUUCCAAGUUUAAUUUUGAAAUAUGCUUAGCAGUAGUAGUUGGUGGUUGUAGUACUAUGUGUCAUGAAAAUCUUGGGUUUCCUAUGUUUUAAGAUUUGGUGAUUUUAGUGGGAAUUUGUUGGAAAAUUCUGUAUCAUAAAGUUGUAGUUUGGUGGUGCUGAAUAUUAUUUGAAGUUUCUGUAUUGAAAGUAGCUUAACAAGGCUUGAUCACAAUGGGUGAACCUGUUCUGACCCGAGUUCACAGCCUCCGGGAACGUAUGGAUUCAACUUUGGCCAAUCAUCGCAAUGAAAUCUUGAUGUUUCUAUCAAGGAUUGAAAGUCAUGGAAAAGGAAUCUUGAAACCUCACCAGCUUCUAGCUGAGUAUGAAGCUAUCAGCAAAGAAGACAAGCUGAAACUGGACGAUGGUCAUGGCGCCUUCGCGGAAGUUAUUAAGUCUACCCAGGAAGCCAUAGUUUCUCCUCCAUGGGUAGCACUUGCUAUUCGGCUCAGACCUGGUGUGUGGGAAUAUGUAAGAGUCAACGUGCAUCACCUUGUCGUCGAGGAAUUGAGUGUGCCUCAGUAUCUUCAAUUUAAAGAGGAGCUUGUCAUUGGAUCAAGCGAUGCAAACUUUGUCCUUGAACUCGAUUUUGCACCAUUCACCGCCUCUUUCCCUCGUCCAACACUUACCAAGUCUAUAGGGAAUGGAGUUGAGUUUCUCAACAGGCAUCUUUCUGCAAAAAUGUUUCAUGGCAAGGACAGCAUGCACCCACUUCUUGAGUUUCUCCGGCUCCACAACUACAAUGGCAAGACCCUGAUGCUGAACAACAGAGUUCAGAAUGUGAAUGGUCUCCAAUCUAUGCUGAGGAAAGCUGGGGAUUAUCUCUCUACACUACCAUCAGACACACCUUACUCUGAAUUUGAGCACAAGUUCCAAGAGAUUGGUUUUGAGAGGGGUUGGGGUGAUACUGCCGAGCGUGUUACUGAGAUGUUUCACAUGCUUCUGGACCUUCUUGAGGCCCCUGAUGCAUCCACUCUUGAGACAUUUUUGGGGAAAAUUCCAAUGGUUUUCAAUGUUGUUAUUCUCUCCCCUCAUGGUUACUUUGCUCAAGAGAAUGUUUUGGGAUAUCCCGACACUGGUGGCCAGGUUGUCUACAUUUUGGAUCAAGUUCCUGCAUUGGAGCGUGAGAUGAUUAAGCGCAUAAAGGAGCAAGGACUCGACAUCAAGCCUCGUAUUCUGAUUGUAACACGCCUUCUGCCGGAUGCAGUAGGUACCACUUGCAAUCAGCGCCUGGAGAAAGUGUUUGGAGCUGAACACGCCCAUAUUCUUAGAGUCCCCUUUAGAACUGAGAAAGGAAUUUUGCGCAAAUGGAUCUCCCGCUUUGAAGUUUGGCCCUACAUUGAGACUUUCACUGAGGAUGUUGCAAAAGAAAUUGCCUUGGAGUUGCAGGCCAAGCCAGAUCUGAUUAUUGGAAACUAUAGCGAGGGUAAUCUUGUUGCAUCCUUGCUGGCACACAAAUUAGGUGUUACCCAGUGUACCAUUGCUCAUGCUUUAGAGAAAACAAAGUACCCUGAUUCCGACAUCUACUGGGAGAAAUUUGACAAGAAGUAUCACUUUUCCAGUCAGUUUACAGCCGAUCUUAUUGCAAUGAAUCAUACUGAUUUCAUCAUCACCAGCACAUUCCAGGAGAUAGCUGGAAGUAAGGAUACUGUUGGACAGUAUGAGAGUCAUACUGCCUUUACAAUGCCCGGAUUGUACCGAGUUGUGCAUGGGAUAGAUGUCUUCGACCCAAAAUUCAACAUCGUUUCACCAGGUGCAGACACAUCUGUUUAUUUCUCUUACAAAGAGAAGGAAAAGAGGCUGACAACACUUCACCCUGAAAUUGAGGAACUUCUUUACAGUUCGGUUGAAAAUGAAGAACACCUGUGUAUCAUAAAAGACAAGAAUAAGCCUAUACUGUUCACCAUGGCGAGGUUGGACAAUGUGAAGAACUUGACAGGAUUCGUCGAGUGGUAUGCUAAGAGCCCCAAGCUACGUGAGUUGGUGAACCUUGUUGUCGUUGGUGGAGAUCGUAGGAAGGAAUCAAAGGAUCUGGAAGAACAAGCACAGAUGAAGAAAAUGUACGAGCUUAUUGAUACCUACAAGCUGAAUGGUCAAUUCCGAUGGAUUUCUUCUCAGAUGAACCGUGUGAGGAAUGGUGAACUUUAUCGUUACAUAGCUGACACAAAGGGUGCUUUUGUGCAACCUGCAUUCUACGAGGCUUUUGGUUUAACUGUUGUUGAGGCCAUGACCUGUGGAUUGCCAACCUUCGCAACUCUCCAUGGUGGUCCAGCUGAGAUCAUUGUUCACGGGAAAUCUGGUUUUCAUAUCGACCCAUAUCAUGGUGAGCAAGUGGCUGAGCUCCUUGUUAACUUCUUCGAGAAGUGCAAGACCGAUCCUUCUCAAUGGGACGCCAUUUCAGCAGGCGGCCUUAAACGUAUCCAGGAGAAAUACACUUGGCAAAUCUACUCGGAGAGACUAUUGACAUUGGCUGGGGUUUACGGAUUCUGGAAGCAUGUCUCCAAGCUCGAUCGCCUUGAGAUCCGUCGUUAUCUUGAAAUGUUUUAUGCUCUCAAGUACCGCAAGUUGGCUGAAUCAGUUCCACUUGCUAAAGAUGAGUAGAGGAGAAGAAGAGGCAUUGGGCUGGUCACCAGAGUUUCUGAGGCUUUCAAAUAAAAAAAGAAAAAGAAAAAAGGGUGAUUCUGAUGAGAAGAGGAUUCUGUUACUUUUCUUUUGUGUCUUUUCUUUCCUUAUGUUUUGUCUGGGCUUUUGACCACCCCCUCUUAGCUUUGGUAAAAAUUUAGUUGUCUUUUUAUUGUUAAUAUUGUGAGUUUGGUUUCUUUAUCCUGUGAUGCUCUGUGGAGAUUGAUACUCAGCUUUCUGAAUUUUCAGAACUAAAUAAAGAUCAAUUUCAGUC